AUGGGGUUUUUGUUGCUCUUUUUUCUCCCAAUUUCAUUACAUCCAACAGUUUCUGUGGAUGGAAACUCGGAUUUGAUCCAAAAGACUUGCAAAAGCACAAAAUACUAUGAACUUUGUUUAUCUUCCCUGAAAUCUGAUUCCACCAGUCCAAAAGCAGACACCAAGGACUUAGCCCUUGUUAUGAUUAGAAUUGGAAUGGCCAAUGCCACAGCCGCCAAUUCUUACCUUUCUUCCCAAAUGCUGAACGCCACAAAUAACACAUUAAUGAAGAAAAUCAUCAAGGAAUGUGCUGAUAAGUAUGUCUCUGCAAGUGAUGCACUGCAUAAUUCAGUUCAAGAUAUGGGUGCAGAAUUAUAUGAUUAUGCUUACAUGCAUGUAAUGGCAGCUGCAGAUUAUCCCAAUGCAUGUCAUAAUGAAUUUCAGAGAUAUCCAGGAUUGGUUUAUCCACCUGAAAUUGGAAUAAGAGAAGAUGGCCUGAAGCAAAUCUGUGAUGUUGUUUUGUGA